AUGGGGGAGCACAGGAGGGCCAGAGCUACGAACAGACUAGCACCCAUCGACUGCAAAGCGGGGAGCUGGUCAUCUUGGACACAAUGUGACUCCUGCACGGAUAAAAAGUCCCGUUUCCGACUGUUGGAGAAACCUGCACAGUUUGGUGGGACAGACUGUAUUGGGAUGCUGUGGGAACAGCUGGUGUGUCCAAGGGCAACUACACAGUGUAUGGUCAAGGAUUACUGCGGAGAGAGUUUUACCUGCAAAGAAACAGGUCGCUGCAUCAGCCAGUCUCUUCGCUGCAAUGGUGAACCAGACUGCGACGACUUCUCUGACGAAGAACAAUGUGAGCGUAUCAACCAAAGACUAGACAAGUGCUCAACCCUGAUGCCAAUUCCUGGUGCUGAACGUAGCACACAGGGGUAUAACGUCCUAACUAGAGACUUCAUGGAUCCUGUGCUCGACCCAAAGUACUUUGGAGGAAGGUGUGAAUAUGUCUAUAAUGGAGAUUGGAGCAAAUUAAUAUAUGAUGCAUUGUGUGAGAGCCUGCAGUACAAUGAAGAUGAGAAGAACUACCGGAAACCUUAUAACUACCAUACUUACCGUUUUGUGGCCGAAGCCACAUCAAAGGGCUCUGAUGAAUAUCAUGAGGAUCUACAAAGCCUGCUGAAAGCGAGGGAGACCAUGUCGUCCGUCAACAGUGGUGUAUCUGUUGGGAUCGCUUUUGUGGAAGUUGGACUCAGUGGCAGCAAAGAAUCUGAGUUCCUCAACAACAUCACAAAAUAUCAAAGUCAGGACUUUGGCUUCAUUAGACUUUGGUCCAAAGUGCAAACUGCCCACUUCAAAAUGCGAAGCAACCAGUUGAUGCUUCACGAAGAUUUAUAUGUUGCACUCAUGGAGCUACCUGAGCAGUAUGACUUUGGCACUUACACCCGCUUCCUGAACACCUUUGGCACCCACUACGUCACAGAGGGAACCAUGGGAGGAACUCUGGAAUAUGUUGCUGUUCUAAACAAAAGAGCUAUGGCCGAGUCAAAUAUCGAUGCAAAAACAUUUCAGAAAUGCUUCGGUGUUUCUCUUGGCAUAACUAUUCCAGCCAGUGAAAAUAGCAAAUUCAGUUUUAAGGUAAAGAUAAAUGACUGUGAAAAGGACAAGAAUAUUUAUAAAGCAAACUCCUCUGAAUCUGCUGUGGUUGAGGACAUUAUCACUCUGGUAAAAGGGGGGGUCACUGAAACUGGUUCAGGACUCCUGGCCAUCAGGAACCAGGAAACAUACAGAAAGUGGGGAGCAUCUCUCAAAUACAACCCAGCUUUGAUUGACUUUGAGAUACUGCCGAUUUAUGAGGGCCUCCGCCUCAGCACGGCAGCUGACCAUGCAUCCUCGAGAAUAGACAACCUGGAAAGGGCCAUAGAUGAGUAUUUGCAGCAGUUUGAUGCUUGUCGAUGUGCCCCCUGCAGGCACAAUGGGAUCCCUGUCCUUUCAGGCACCUCCUGUAGCUGUGUGUGUAAAUCAGGCUUUCAGGGCAUGGCUUGUGAGGAGACUCUUAGACGAGAUGCCAAGACGGACGGCUCAUGGUCCUGCUGGGGGUCAUGGUCUUCCUGUUCAUCAGGGACAAAAACCAGGACAAGAAUCUGCAAUAAUCCUGCACCAGAGAGGGGUGGGGCGACUUGCCUGGGGUCAGCCUCUCAGACUCGUCAAUGCUAA